AUGGAAUCUCUCUUUCAGUAUCAACGUGUCCGACGAGCUGUUCGUGAGCAACUAGCGGAAAUCAAAGAAAAAUGCAGCUGUGAGAACUAUACACCCGGGUCACCACAUAGCUCGAGCUGUCAGUCAAGCAAUGUUUGGCUUUCUGUUCCGCCGAAGCAGCUCUCGCUCCAGGAAAAACCUCCCAUCGAUGCCCCCAUCAUUGUGGACUGGGAUGGUCAAAAUGAUCCUUUGAAUCCUGCAAGUCAGAGCGUGUCACGAAAGCUGUUCAUGACCUUUCUGGUCUCUUUACUUGCUUUUUCUGUAACCGCUACGUCGGCGAUUGAUGCUUGCGGUAUCCUGCAAUACAGUGAAGACUUCAACGUAUCCGAAGUAGUCGGGUCACUUGCGACAGCUCUAUUUCUUGUCGGUUUUGGGAGCGGCUCCCUCCUUUCAGGCCCAUUCUCCGAGACAUUUGGCCGGAAUGCCGUCUACCUGAUAACUAUGAUCCUUUUUCUGAUUUUUAUCAUGGCCGCGGGACUCGCCCCAAACAUCCACAGCCACCUGAUCUUUCGUUUCCUUGCUGGUUUCUUUGGCUCUACUCCGCUCAGCUGCGCUGGAGGUACGGUAGCUGAUUUGUGGAAUCCAGUACAGAAGACGUACGCUUUUCCAGCCUAUGCUAUCCCAUCAUUUGUGGGGCCAAUGGCCGGGCAGAUAAUAGGCAGUUAUAUCCCUGUUAAUCUAGGAUGGCGUUGGCUUGAGUGGAUAAUGCUUAUUAUGGGAGGUGCGAUUCUUGUGAUUGUUCUUCUGUUCCAGCCAGAAACAUACGGACCUCUUCUUCUGUAUUGGAAAGCAAAAAUUCUCCGUGAAGAAACUGGGGACGAGAGAUACAAAGCUCCGAUGGAGAUGAAAAACGAGGCUCUUGGCCCGCGACUGCUGGCCUCGGUGUAUCGGCCAUUUGCGCUGGUUUACUCUGAGUUGAUUAUCAUCUUGAUGUCGCUCUACCUUACCGUUGUCUAUAUUGUCCUCUUCACCUUCCUGGAGGGAUAUACAUACGUUUUUGGUCAUACGUAUGGGCUUUCACAGCAGAUGACUAGCAUACUCUGGGUUGGGAUGCUAUGUGGAAUUCUUCUUGUUGGCUGCCUGGUUCCGGUAGUAUACUCUUGGACUGCCAAAGAGUACAAGAAGACUUCUAGUAUUGCUCCUGAAAUGCGACUGUGGUAUGCAAUGCUGGGUGGUGCUCCAGCAGUGCCAAUAAGUUUGUUCUGGAUGGGAUGGACCAGCUAUCCGUCCAUCUCAAUUUGGUCUCCUCUUAUUGCCUCCGCCGUAUUCGGAUACGGAAUUACUGCUAUUUUCGUCUCCGCGUACAUGUAUAUCAUAGAUUCCUAUGGUGUAUACUCAGCAUCUGCAUUGGGAUUCCUUGUUUUUACCAGAUAUGUGGUGGCAGGCGGUAUGGCGGUUGCUGGUGGACCUAUUUACCGUUCUAUCGGCGUUCAUUACACGCUGACCAUCUUGGGGGCCAUCAGUACUGCCAUGGCCGCAAUCCCAUACUUGCUUUAUGUGUAUGGGCCGAGAAUUCGCCGAUACAGCAAAUUUGCUGUUAACGUCGGCGCAGAUUAA